AUGCGGGGCGAGGGAAGGUCGCUGCCCCCGGCGGUGGCGGCGGCGGCUGCGGCGGCGGCGUCGGAGGAGCUGAGCCAGGUGCCGGACGAGGAACUGCUGCGCUGGAGCAAGGAGGAGCUGGCGCGGCGGCUGCGGCGCGCGGAGGGCGAGAAGGUGGGCCUCAUGCUGGAGCACGGCGGCCUGAUGCGCGACGUGAACCGGCGGCUGCAGCAGCACCCUGAGAUCCGCGGCCUCAAGGACGUGAACCAGCGGCUGCAGGACGACAAUCAGGAGCUGCGCGAGCUCUGCUGUUUCCUGGACGACGACCGGCAAAAAGGGCGCAAGCUGGCGCGCGAGUGGCAGCGCUUCGGGCGCCACGCGGCCGGCGCCGUGUGGCACGAGGUGGCCCGCUCGCAGCAGAAGCUGCGGGAGCUCGAGGCGCGCCAGGAGGCCCUGCUGCGCGAGAACCUAGAGCUGAAAGAGCUGGUGCUGCUGCUGGACGAGGAGCGCGCGGCGCUGGCGGCGGGGGGCGCUGGCGGCAGCGGCGGCGGCGCGGGCUCCCGCAGCUCCAUCGACAGCCAGGCCAGCCUGAGCGGUCCCCUGGCGGGCAGCGCGGCGGGCUCGGGGGCCCGCGACGUUGGCGACGGCAGCAGCACGUCCAGUGCGGGCAGCGGCGGCAGCCCGGACCACCACCACCACGUCCCACCGGCCCUGCUGCCCCCGGGGCCGCACAAGGGUCCGGAGGGCAAGGCGGGUGCCACGCGCCGGUCCCUGGAUGACCUGUCAGCGCCGCCGCACCACCGAAGCAUCCCUAACGGCCUGCACGAUCCCUCAUCCACCUACAUCAGGCCGUUGGAGACCAAGGUGAAGCUGUUGGAUGGUGACAAGCUCCCCCCACAGCAGGCAGGCUCUGGAGAGUUCCGGACACUUCGGAAAGGCUUCUCCCCAUACCAUUCGGAAUCCCAGCUUGCGUCCCUGCCGCCCUCCUACCAGGAAGUCCUACAGAACGGUCCAGCCUGCCCUGUACCGGAGCUGCCCUCACCCCCUUCCACCGUCUACAGUUCAGCAGGACAGAAGCCUGAGGCUGUUGUGCAUGCCAUGAAGGUUCUGGAAGUACAUGAGAACCUUGACCGGCAGCUCCAAGACAGCUGUGAGGAGGACCUGAGUGAGAAGGAGAAGGCCAUCGUUCGAGAGAUGUGCAACGUGGUCUGGAGGAAACUGGGGGACGCUGCCAGCACCAAGCCCUCCAUCCGGCAGCACCUGUCUGGUAAUCAGUUCAAGGGGCCAUUGUAGGGCCAUCUCUCCAUGGGCGCAGACUGGCCCUGCCUGGAGUCUGAGGCCUUAGACCUGGCAGAAACUCUGGCCUAGCCACCGUCUUUCUCCAUGGUGAAUUGUACAUAGGACACGGCCCACCCUGGCUGCCCUGGUGUGACACUGACCGCCCAGGCCUCCACCUCCUGCCUCCCUCACCAGCAAACCUUGGCAAGACAAGAAGCCAUGGCCUGCUCGCUGCAGCAAAGUGGCCAGGCAGCCUGGCUCCCCGUUUGAGCUCCACGUUCCAUUAGCAAGAAGCUUCCGAGACUCCAAGCCAAGGGAUUGUCUGGGGAGGUGCCCUGCUCUUGGUAGAAGUCCCUCGACAAGUAUUCUAACUCGCUGUCCCUUACACUGGACAGAAGCCACCAGAGCCUCAAUUGUGACACGGGUGGCGCUUUCUGCUACCCGGCCAGAGCCAGGACCCUGGGUCACGGAGCACUGGCUCCCACGUGUCCAUGGCUGGCCGGGAGCUCAGGGUUCCCUGUCACCUGGGGGUUGGUGCCCAGCCACCCUGAUGCCAGCUGCUGCUCACUAACGUUCACCCCCUCAGUAGCAUCUCCUUGCCUAGGUCAGGCUUAGCCACUUCUUAGGUCUCUCCUGCCAGGUUUCCUUUUCUGGUUUACAGCAACAUAGGAAAAAGCCCUGGAGAUGUCCGGGCUGAGCUCAGCAUUCUCAAUGGGCAGGUAGAACCGGGCCACUGCCCUGGCUCACUGUCCAUGUGACCUCCCCACCCCCCAUGUGCUCUGGGUCACUACGGAUGGAGCUACAGGAGCCGCCCCUGAUGAGUUUUCCCUGGGAAGGAAGGGGCAUGACCUGGUUCUGGCUUUAAUCUGCUGUGUGGCCUUCAGCAAGCCACUCAGCUUCUCUGGGCUCCCAGCGGUUCCCUUUGGCUUUGCUCACUCUAGAAACCACCCCAGUUUGGUGGGCCUCUGUCCUCAACAACGGAUGAGCUCAUGUGGUAACUUACCAGGAACAUGCUAGGCUAGCCUGUCUGUCAUGCUGUCCCCUCACAGGUCACAUCUGAGCCUUAGCCCCUCCCUCCAAGGGACCUGAGCAGGGGACGGGGAGGGGGUUGUCAAAUGCGUGCUUCAGUGUACGUGUUCACGCCUCAGACGGCGGGUGACGCAUGACUGAUGGGGGUGUUCUCUAACGUGGUGUGAGGAGAACGAGGACUGGGGUGCUCUUGUGAACUGUGCAGAUGCUAUCUGUGGGAGGCCCUGGCCUCGCUGCCGGCAUCACGUACCGUGUUUUACAAACACACUCAGCAGCUGUCCCCAUGCAAUGGUACUUAGAGCCCCACACAGCCCAAAGAGCUUGUCCUUGCCUCCCAUACCUGUGAGCAGAGGGGACAGGCCAAGAAGGUGGGUGGCGUCUCUGCUCCCCAACCUUGGGUUGUUCCCAGCGCCUCUGCUGCCCACCCCCUUGGGUCCCACACUCUCAGGGGAAAGGCCCAUGGCCCUUGGUGUGCCCAGGGAGUGCUGUGCAGGGGCCAGAGGGAACCAGCUUACUGCUCUGGCCGUUGGUGUCACUGGGAAACUCUAGAAGGAGCUGCUGUAUGGUCAAGUGAUAAAACUUGGAACUCCAACUGCUGGCCCCAGUACUGGGUAAUCCCUAAGUGGGCUGCUGGGCAGGCAAGACCCUUCCUGGUUCUUUGAAGCCCAGAAUGUUGAGGUAUGUGGGCCCACACAAGGUGGGAGCCAAGUCAGAGAGUCCCAGUCAAAUCUGUAUCAGGACAGUUUAGCCACCUCUGAAAUAGCAAUAAGUAAGAGUUCCUGGAGUCUGAAGACCGGUCAAGAAAGAGCCCAGAAACAACCUUUCCCUUUCGGAGAGGUGUGACCCUGUCCCUAAUGCUGCAGAGGCAUCCUGGGAACCUAAAGAGAAUUUCUUGUAGACCCUCUGCCCUUGUGCAGGGUGGAACAAGAUAUACCCCAGCCCUUUGCAGUGGGCUGCCCUCUAGGACAGUCUGCAUCAUAUCUCGAGCCUAACAGAAGAGGCCAGCAGCACCCGGCUGAGCCCUAGGCUGGGGACCACAGGUGACCUUCGUGACCCCUCCCUUCCGGAGCCUUAGCUUUGCAGUGCUGACUCUCCAUCUCCAGCUCACAGGAUGCUUGGACUGGCUCCACCCCCCACUGUGACAGGUCACCUGGCCCCAUCUAGGUGGCCUGGCCUUCCCUGGAGUCAGAAUCUGCUGAGCACAUCUUCAUCUGCGUUCAACAGCCACACGCCAGUGUUUAAAGACAAAGUGACCUUUCAUUUUUCUUUCUUGAAACUUGAGAGGAAGUGAGAUACACACUACUGAUUUUUUUUUUUUUUUUUAAAGAAACAAACUAGACGCAUGGCUGCAGAGUGGCAGAGGUGUCUAUUUUCAUACUGUGGGGGAAAGUGCUGCUUUUGGGAGGGGCUGGAACGCCUGGUUUCUGCCCCGGGCCAGUCUUGUACAGGAGUUGGUGGGGAGCCCUGCAGUUGCCCUCUCCUGCCCUGGCUGUGUAGAGCUGGAGCCUGUGCCCUUCGGCGGUUUCUACCUUCUAUCGAGCCACUUCGAUUUGUGGAGAGAGAGAAAAAAAUAGAACUUUUGAUAGUGUGGUAAAAGCAUUGAUUUGAACUAUUUUAGUAAAAGGAGUAACAUAUAAGACUGUGACAGUGUCUACUUUGAACUAGAUAAUAAAGGCCUCUUUGUGAGCCUCGGA